AUGAGCGACCGGGGCGUCUGGGCCAUCGGGUCCAACCUGAUCGUCAAGGAAAUGCCCGACAGUCCUCCCAACUUUGAAGCCAGAAAUACCCGAUUCAUCCAAGAGAACACCAAAAUACCGGCUCCGGAGGUUAUCCAGGAGUGGACUGAGAACGGCCGCUACUUCCUAAUCACGAAACGAAUCCCGGGUACAACUCUGAAAGAGGCGUGGCCGGCCAUGUCUGAGACGGAGAAGGAGGCUAUCGCCAAGCAGACGGCAGACUGCCUUUCCCAGCUUCGAAAGCUCUGUUCAGCGAAAAUCCAGAGCCUGGGCGCCGAACCAGUCUACUCGGCCUUUUUAUUUUGCAACGGCUAUGGUCUUCCACAUGGCCCCUUGUCCUCUGAUGAUCAACUCUGGGAGGAGAUGACGACCGAAGCCUUGCAGCAUGUGCCAGAAAAUGCGCGACGUCUUCUGCGACGACGUAUGCCCCCGGCAAAGCCCUACACCUUCACUCACGGGGACUUGACGACAAGAAAUGUCCUCGUCAACGAUGGCAAGCUCACGGGCAUAAUCGACUGGGAAGGAUGCGGCUUUUUCCCAGCAUGGUGGGAAUUCGUGUCCACCAGAAUUUCUGAGGACGAGGAUGACCGUGCGUGGAAGGCCCUUUUGCGCAAGCAUAUGGAGGACUACACGAAGGCUCAGGAGUUCUGGCUCGAUUACUAUGCACUCACGAGAUACCCAAAUCUCGAUGGUCGAGGAGUGGAAUUCAUCGCAGAGUCAGAGGGCCAGAAUACUUAG